GCGAUCUGUUGGUAUCUAUCGACCAGACUUUACAUUUAAUCUUGAUUUUUUGUGUAACAGUCAAUAGCCAGCAGUGUCCUAUACUGUCCCCAGCAGCCUUUCUGUUUCAACUAGAGAAUGGCCAGGUUACAAGGCAGCUGUGUCAUGCAAUGUGUGCCGCCAGCACGUCGUACUCAAGGCAUGCUUUUUGUACAGAGCCGCUGGUGCGAAUUGCUUUUGCUGAGGAUGCCCGAGAAGGUUUGGCAUUGCUUUCGCGUGUAGAAAACUGCACGAAUUACCAGCAACUCCUAAUUUUGUCAGUGCUCUCAUUAUAUGAGACGUCUCAGGGGAACGGCAUUCAAGCCUGGUAUGACCUUACGACUGCGAUAAACAUAUUUUCUGCUCUCAGAUACGCUUCUUCCACAGCUCAAGAUGAUCAGACGACUAAAGGGCUCAACAUGGUUCAUGCUUAUUUGCAAAUCGCUUUGAUUUGCCAUUCAAUUGGGAGCCGAGUACGGCCAACUCAUCUCGAAUUAAUAAAGCUACCUCGCGGUAAAGAUGAUGACUUAUUGAAUGGGACCUCAUUCUUCCCCCAAGUAUUGCUUGGACUGUCGGAUCUUAUACAACGAUGCGUCAAUUUCUCUCAAAGUGAUUUGACAAAGUUGAUCCCUGCACCUUGGUCCAGGAAAUCAACGUAUUCGGCACUAAAGCAAGAGUUGGAUACUGCAUGCAUCAUGUAUGGUGGCGACUCUGCAUUGUUAGAUCCAGAAACUCUGGAUCUACUGCAAAGCCAAGAAGGGGGCGUAGGAUCUUACGCCAUCUGUGUCAGUAUGCUCCAUUCAAUGAGGAUACUACUCGACGCUGUAUUUAUCCCAAUCCCGGUGAUUGCCAUGAUGCCAUCCGAGCACUGCACCGCAGAUCGAGAAGAGGAUGCCUCUAGGAUUGCAUGCGUCUCUAGUCGCCGGACAGAAGUCUGCUUUCCUGCAGCACCUCGAUUGUUCUGGUGCGAGCGAUUAGCUUCAUGCAUCAGGAGUGCACGCAGUAUCACUUCGCUUUGCCGAUCGCUCAUGAAGUAUUGUGACUUUAUAAUGCCACCAUUCUUGGGGUACAGUCUAUUUCUCGCUGGCAUAGUAUUUCUGAACCAACUUCGCAGCGAAAAAGACAAGCAAAAGUUAGGAGCUAUCGUUGAGGAAUUGAAAAUCGUAUUCUCCUUUCUGGGUACAAUGAGGUCUUUCUUUGCACCAGCACAGACCUGGCUUCAAGUGCUGCUUGAAGUACAUAGCCUUGACCCUCUAUUGGAGAUCGACGUUCUUGUAAGAGGUUCCACAGAGCUCUUUUCUUCCUUCAUGGGAAGGUUCAAGGGGGUUUCGAUGCCACCUUUCUGUCCAAUCAGCCCAAAUAACACGGCACCUGAGCAAGGAACAGAAUUUCGUGCAAUGAUAUCAUUGCAACUCCCGGGAAGGGGGGUUAAAUAUGGGGGUACAGAUUACACUAAUAUUACCAUAGAGCAAGCAUGUCGCUCGCGAUUCAACACAUUUGGAGAACAACAAGCUACUGUAAUUCCGAACAAUUUGGCGACCGCAGGUACAAAUAACCUUCAGGAGAUUUACAGGAACGUUAUUGAGCAAUCAAUCCAGUUCCAGGAUACAGCGGCCCGAAACACCUAGUCUUCUUCGCAAUAGUGGGUACAAUCGUGUUAAGAGAAAGAAUGCAAUGGUGAUAAAUACUACUUAUAAGUUCACUCUAAACGCGGUUGAGAACUACUAAUCCCCGUGUUUAUCCACAUUUGGAAUUGCACAAUUCUGAGAGUAAAGUUUAAUCAUUCAAGCCUCCGCGUAGCAUGUUUACCAUCCCACGAUUCAUAGCCGUGCACUGCACGCAGUAAAUCGAAACAUCAUUGCACAUGAGAAAAUCA